ACGCUGUCUACGGACGCAAGCUCGCCAUCGCACGACUCUGUAAGCGACUGUGCUCGCUGGCCUACACUUCACAGUGCCGAUGAAGCAAGGUGACCGUAGACCACUCAGCUCGUUCACUUUCAGGCGCUCAGGCCUUCGCCCUGCCCACCGCUGCACGUCUGACACGGAUGCUGCCUCAUUUUAUCGCACCCGAUGCAGCUUGUACACUGUUUCCGUCCCUCCCAGCUUCACCGCGAGGAGCUCGAAGAUGGUGCGCAGCUGCCAGUGAAGUGUUGGAUGGCAAGAAGCAAUGCCGCCGGGCAUCGAUGCCAAUAGUCUAAGUCUCGAAGUGGCCGCCCCGCCUGCGCCGUGCCACGCGAUCGCCAAGGGGCGGACUGGGAGGAAUUUUUGGUCGAUGGGCGGCGCCAACGCUUCACUCUUCUAAUCCUCAGCCUCCAUCUCAUCACCACUUGCAUCUCGCAGCGAUGGCGGGCCACCACCACCGCUCGACGCUCAAGCAGCGUAAUAAGCCAUUCAAGUCGAAGCAUUCCACCAAGUCUUCAAUCAAAAAGCUCGCCAAGGGCCGCCCGGCUUCCGUCGCCUCGCACUCGUCGUCCACAACAUCGGGCGCAAUCCGCAAUGCCCAAUCCCGCAAGAAUCAGGCAAAACAAAUUCAGCUCGCAAAGCGCGAAGCGAUCAAGCAGGCUCAGCGACUCUACGAGGGCGGCAUGCCCAAAGUCGUCUCGGUCCUCGAGUUGACGCCAGACGCUAAUGCCUGGCAAGUCUGCGCAUCCCUCGAGCGAUCCCCGAGCUGGGAGGCGGUUCGAGACGUACGGUCUGCCCUCCAAUCUGGCCUAUCAUCCUGUCAGAUGCGCUCACAUUCGACCAAUCUACAAUUUCUCCCACUUCCCUACGGCUCCCUCUAUCCGACCCUCAGCGCGGUCGCCUCAUCCGACUUUGUCAUCCUCGUACUGUCCGCCACGCACUCCAUCGAAGAGGGAUCGUGGGGCGAGCUUGCUCUGCGCAUUCUCCACGCUCAGGGAAUGCCAGAGGUCCUGGCUGUCGUACCCACAGUCAAAGACGCCGCAGAGGGAAGCAGCGCAGGCAAGACUGGCGAGAAUGCUGUGCGCAAGAGUCUCACCUCCUUCGUCAAGUACUUUGACCCAAGCACCGACCGCAUCUACGCACUCGACGUCGACGCAGAGCGAGAUGGACUGCUGCGUACCAUGGCCACGUCGGUUCCACGCUUUCCUGCGUGGCGUGAGGCACGUCCCUACCUCAUUGCAGACGGCGCGGAGUGGCGGUCAGAGGGCGAGGAGCGCGGCACGCUGGUCGUGAAAGGGUGGUCGCGAGGCAAUGCCAUUUUCAGUGCUCAACGUCUUGUCCACGUACGAGACUUUGGUGACUUCCGAGUCAAGCGCAUCGUAGCGCCCGCGAUGACAAAGGGCAAAGGCAAGCGCGCACGCAGAGACGUAGAGAUGGAGGAUGCGGAACAACUCACGCCAGACGGCCUCGUAAUCCUCGAUGAGCGCGACGACGAAGAGGCAGACGACUUGCAGUCAGAGAACACCGUCAGCGAGGGGCUCAAUGGCAUGCAAGAGCAGACCUGGCCGACAGAGGAGGAAAUGGCACAGGGCGAGGCAAGACAGCGGCAAGCGGAAAAGGAGGAGGACAAGUACAAGACCCGAUGGCUCAUUGAAGAGAGCGACGGCGAAGAAGGCGGCGAUGAUAGCGAUGAAGAGGAGAACGCCGGAAUGCUCGGUGGCAGCGACGCAUUCGAGAGCGUCCCAGUCACCGGCUGGAGCCGCAAUGGAGAGCUCAACGGCGAUGACGAAGAUGAUGAACCAUUCGACGACGAAGACGUGGACGACGCAGCCCUCUACGCCCAGCAGGGGGAGCGUCGGGCACGCGCAGAGGAGGAUCUCGAAUUCCCAGACGAAGUCGACACCCCGCUCCACAUCCCUGCCCGCCAACGCUUCGCGCGCUACCGCGGCAUGGCUUCAAUGCGCUCGUCAACAUGGGAUGCUUACGAGGAGCUGCCCGCCGAGUACUCGCGCAUUUUCCAAUUUGACGACUGGGAGCGGGUCAAGCGGGCUGUAGAGGGCAAGGCAAGGAUCGACGGCGUGUCGAUGGGCCGGGAGAUUGCAAUCGAGAUCGAGGAUGUGCCCGUAGAGAUGGCGAGACGAUUCGGAGCCAUCAAAGAUGCGGACAUGAAGCAGCGGCUCCUGCCGAUGACGGUGUGGGGACUCCUGCGCCACGAGCACAAGAAGACGGUCGCAAACUUCACCGUACUUCGCAACACCGAAUACACCGAGACGGUCAAGUCCAAGGACCCCGUCCUCAUGCUCCUCGGCCCACGUCUCCUCUGCGUCAAUCCCAUCUAUUCGGAGCACUCGCUCGGUACCUCAACUUCGCGGCCCAUUCCGUCUGCAGCAGACGGCUCAGUCCAGGUGCACCCGCAUAAGUUCCAUCGUUUCCUUCCCCCUCCCUCGCCGACUCCGUCAGUCGCAACCAUCUACGCGCCGAUCACCUUUGGCUCUCCAUCCAUCACCCUGCUCCGCCCUCGUAGCUGGGGCGCAACUCCCGAGCGAGGCUACGAUGAGCGAGGCGUCGGGGCGAAUCAAUAUCCAGACCUCAUCGGGAGUGGUUCCCUCCUCAAGAAGAACGGCAACGGACCGCUGAGGGUCAACGUAAAGCGCGUGCUUCUCACGGGCGAGCCAUUCAAGAUCCACAAGAAGACGGCUACGAUCCGCUGGAUGUUCUUCCAGCCAGAGGACGUGCGCUACUUUGCUCCCAUCCCGUUGCGCACCAAGUACGGAAGGACAGGGCAUAUUCGCGAGCCGCUGGGUACGCAUGGUCGAUUCAAGGCACACUUUGACGGACCUAUCGGGCAGAUGGACACAAUCAUGAUGGCCCUCUACAAGCGCGUUUACCCCAAAUUCACGACGGAAGAGUACACAGACGGGUGGGACGAGUUGCCAGCCAAGUUCCUGGAGGCUCGAGAGGCGGUCGAAGCCAAGAGUGGCAAAGAGGAUGACGGCGAUCGUGGCAUGGAUAUGUAGGCACGGGCGCUGCCGUCAUCGGGCCAUAGAAAUCAGCAUACGCCGUCGCACGUCCACACAGAUCGAUCGAGCGAUCGCCCAGCGAGCUCCAUCCCCUCCUCUAUCGCCGACGACGUUGCUGCUCGUGCUCACGAUGGACUGUGCGUGGGAGACGGUGCAUCACGCACCGCCGUCCGGCCAAAUGGUGCCCAGCCUUGGCAUCCUCUCUCGCUGGUCACGGCAACACGGCUGACCACUAGCGCCAAUCUCGGGGCCUCCUCGCUGCCGCAUUCGCGUACCUCUUCUUCUGUCUGCCUCUUGCUCUCUUUUU